CCAUUCUAGACAGUCCUUUAUAUUGACCAAAUUUAAUUAUAUCUGUCUCUGGUGAAUUGUUUUUACCAAACUUCUUUCAUAUAAAGCUCAUUAAAAUCCAGCUCUUGCUUACCUAUCUAAGCUCAAUACCUCCUGCUCCCACUCCUAACCUUGCUCCUUACCCUAUAUUCUACACACACUGGCUCUUUAACAUUAUGUUAAUAGAUUGUUUUCUUUUAUGUGCCAUAUGAAGGUUGUCUUCUUUGGUCUUGGUCAAGUACUCAUUUUUAAGACCCAGCCUAAAUGUCGCUUGUCCCAUUCUCUAACCAUCUCCCUAUAGCACAAGCAAAGUUAGUUGUUUCUUUUUGUGGGUUUUAAGAAUCCUUUGUUCUUAUUUCAUAUAUAGCAUUUAUUUCAUUUUAUAUUAUUACUUGUUAUAUAGUUGGCAGCAGUAUUUGCUGAGGAAGAGGAAUGGUUCAGAGAUGGCAAUUGUGUUCUUUUAUUUUGAAAAUUUGGCCAACUAGGAACACCUUUAAUGUCUUCUGAUUUUGUUCUUAAAAUUCAGCCAAAAGCUUAAUCUAUAAAUGUAUUUUCUGUAGGAGAAAAUAUGGAGAAGGCUUGUGCAACCAAGGAAGAAGUCAAAGAAGUCAGUAUUGAAGAUAAAGGUGUUGAUGUAGAUCCAGAAAAACUGGAAAUGGAGAGUAAACAUCAUAGAAAUUUGCUAUUUCAAGAUUGUGAAAAAGAGCAAGAGAACAAAACAAAAGAUCCAACCCAUGAUGUUAAAACCCCCAAUACAGAAACGAGGACCAGUUGCUUAAUUAAAUAUAAUGUGUCUAGUACGCCAUACUUGCAAAGUGUGAAAAAGAAGGUGCAGUUUGAUGAAACAAAUUCCGCAUUUAAAGAGCUGAAGUUUUUAACACCAGUGAGACGUUCUCGACGUCUUCAAGAGAAAACUUCUAAAUUGCCAGAUAUGUUAAAAGAUCAUUAUCCUUGUGUGUCUUCAUUGGAACAGCUAACGGAGUUGGGAAGAGAAACCGAUGCUUUUGUAUGCCGCCCUAAUGCAGCACUGUGCCGAGUGUACUAUGAGGCUGAUACACCAUAACAGAAAUAAAGCUCUGAUAGGGAACGGGGUUUUUAUUAUGUGUGGGGUAUUUUGUUUUGAGUAGCUUUAUAUUGCCCUUAGGUCUGGAGUUGGCCUUGUACCUAUGUAUCCUAAGUAUUCACGGCAGUGAACUCCUUUAUUAACAUUCAUGUUAUGGCAAGAGUUGUCCUGUUCUGCAUUGGAAAGCUAAUCCUACCUUGUCAAUCUCAACCGACUAUUUUUUUUCUUUCAGAUAGGUAAAUUUUGUCAGCUAGUUUACUAUGUUCCUUGAAUAUAAACAGUUUAUAAUACUACCCUGUUUGCUUUACUAAGUAUAAGUACAGUAAUGAUGCAUCACUAGCAAAUGAGGUAUUCUAGGUAAAAUGUGUAUGUUUGCCUUGACAUGUUUUUAAAAGUGAUGAUGUACCUCUGCCUUUAAACAGAAUGCUAUUUUUUUUUUUCUUUUGGCCUUUCUUGGAUUAAUCAAAAAUUGUAUAGAAUGACUCACUUGGAGUACUAAGACACAGGAGGUUUAGCUUGCUUUACCAAAUUCAUGUUACCCAGACUUGUGUUCUCUUGUGUCCCUUGGACUGCAUGUUGAUUGAUGAAAAGUGUCUGUACUGUCACUUUUUGUCAGUAGUAGUCUGUGGUCUCGUGGCCUCUUUAGAUUAUAAUUGGGGUCACCAAGAAGGAUACUUAAUUAAAUAUCCCAUUUCUAAGAGAAGAUACUUUGUGUGAGAAAGGAAAGAUGCCAGAUUUAGUGGUUUAACUUCUGUAACUUCACUUGAUAGAUUUUAAGCAAUUAGAAUGGACUUAGGGAAAGAAUAUAUCAUACUGAAUAAAUGUCAUUCUAGUUUAGACAGCUUUCUAAAAUACCUGAUACUAAUACUUGUUUUGUUCCCUAUAACAUAAAAACUUCACUGUUAAGUCAUGUCCCCUGAAACAUGAUAGUUACAUACACAGUUUUCUCUCCACACAUAAAUAACACUACUAAAGUUGUUUUGUAAGGUUCCAAACUAAUAAUUAUAUGGCACAUAUCUGUCAACUCUGCAGUUUCAAUUAAGUGACUUUUUAAUUGUAAAAGAUUAGUUUAAAAACUGUAUGAAUGUGGUUGAAGAUCACAUGCUUAGUCGUUUUUAUGUUCAUUCCAUUUGUAUAUCUCUUUUUCUAUUUAUUGACUUCUCAUGUUCUAGAGAGUAGGACUUUUAUUCUGUGUACUGAUAUAUAUACAAUUAAAAUAUCUGUAUAAU